AUGGUGUUUGAUGGUGAAAUUCCCGGCCAUCUAGGAAAUCUCUCAUGUUUACGGCAUUUACAACUUGGAGGUGUAUCCUUAACACCAAAUCAAUUGACGACGAAGGAUCUCAGGUGGAUUGUUGGACUCUUUUCUCUAGAAGGCCUAGUUCUGUUCGGGGUGAAUCUCAGUGCCGUUGAAGAUGGGUUAAAAGCAAUUAACAUGCUUCCUUCACUAGCAAGGCUCAAAUUAUCUGGUUUUGAACUUUUCAUCGAUCCUUAUCUUUCACAGGUCAAUUUCACAUCUCUUUCUUCCAUUAAACUCGGUGAAAAUAGUUUCAACAACUACAUGGUCCCUCCUUGGCUCCAUAAUCUUACUGGUGUCCAUGAUCUUGAUCUUAGCUCUAAUAAUCUUUCUAGUCCAAUUCAUGGCCUUUUUGAACAAAUGACCUCUCUAGUUGAUCUUGAUCUAGCAGUAAACCGCUUUGAUGCAUCAACGUUGGGGUCACUUUGCAAUGUGCUGAACCUAGCGCAUAAUAAUUUAACAGGAUCUAUUCCUCAUUCUUUUAUCAACUUCUCAAUGAUGGUAUCAAGUGAACCAGGAACUGAUCUCUGGGUAUUUAGCGAUUUCACCUGGCUUCAAAACUUCAAGGGAGGAGGAGAACUUGGGUACUCCUCUCGGAACCUUUUGCGCAUUAAAUCCAUAAGCCUCUCAACAAAUAAUUUAGUGGGUGAGAUCCCUGAUGGGAUAAUGGAUCUGGUUGAUUUGCUAACCUUGAACCUUUCACGUAAUCAUUUCACUGGAAGAAUCCCCGAGAAGAUUGGCAACUUGAAGCAACUUGAGUCACUUGAUCUAUCAAUGAAUGAACUCUUUGGAAACAGUGGACUCUGUGGCGAGCCACUCCCAAAUGACUGCCUGGAACAUAAAUUGCCUACGAAAAAUGGGCAUAUUCAUGAUGAUAUAGGCCACGGCGAGUCUCAUUGGUCUUGGUUUUAUGCUGGUAUAGGACCGGAUUAUGCUGUCGGGCUAUUGGGAGUUUUGGGAAUCCUUCAGUUCAAGAAGUCAUGGCGCUAUGCAUACUUCAGGUUUCUGGAAAAUGCCUAUGACAAAAUCUGCGUAAUGAUUGCAUUGAAGGCCAAUCAGCUGAGGAGGAAUUUCCAUUGA